AUGCGUCUUCCCAUCAUCGCCCCCGUCGCCGGCAUCUUCUGCCUGUUCGCUGUCCAAGUCACGGCCCAGGCUUGGGGUCUGGGCUCGAGCUCGAGCUCGCGAGCGACGUCCAACGUCGGCAGGCUUCUCGAGGGACUCGAACACCUCGACAGUGCCCCCGAAUGGUCCGAAGGCAUGUCGCAGAAGGCCUUCGCAAAGGCGCUUCGAAAGCAGGAAAAGGUGCAGGAGCGCGCCGGCCGAACCGUCCAAGCAGCCUUCAACGGUUUCCGCCAGGCGGGCGUCAUCGAUGUGCACGACUACGCCGAGCUGAGCCAGGCCCGCGACGAGAUCAACCUGGCAAAGUGGCACUUCCUCCAGGGCGGCCAGAAGUUCAGGAUGUCGGACCACGGCGACGACUGGGAACAGGUGAUGGCCGCCAGCGACGAUUCCGUCAGGGCCAUCGAGGCCCUCGCCAGGGCGCGCAACGUUCUCGACGAAAUCGCGGCCAAGCGCGACCUCCUGGCCAGGUUCUCGGAGAACGACAGCGGUCGUUUCUCGCAGAACGAGCUCGCAACGAUCAGGGCGGUCCACGACAAGCUCGACAGCUUGCUCGACGGCAUGGAAACGGACUACGCUGGCGCGUUCGAAGACCAGGUCAGGCUCAACGAUGCGAUCCAAGGGCUGUAA